AUGCCUGCCGUCGAGGAGCUCAUCGUCGGAACUGGCCCGGUCUACCCCGGCCGCGACCGCCUCGGCAACAAGCUCCCCAUCUACUCGUCGCCCGAUGACGAGCGCGUCGUCACCCUCGUCGUCACGCCGAACCCGCUUACCGAGUACAUUACGACCGGCCGCGAGGCCGCGCAGGGCGUCCUCGGCGAGGCGCGCGAGACGAUCCAGAAGGGCGUCCAGAGCUGGGUUGGAUUUGAGAGGAACGUUGAGCGCGAGGUCAAGCAGAUUGUUGACCCUACCGAGCCCCUCACGCCCGGCAUCAUCUACGUUCUCGUUGCCGGCCUUACCGGCUCCGUUCUUACCCGCACUCGCUCUUUCCCCGUUCGCUUCCUCGCCCCGCCGCUGUUCACGCUCGCCGCGAUGCCGUACUUCCUCCCGAAGACCUCGCACAACAUCCGCGCCUACCUCUCGGACGUCGAGGACCGGGUCGCGCCCGAGUUUGCGGCCAAGCACGACCACUUCAACUCGAUGAUGAACAUGCACUACCACAUGGCGCUCGACAAGCUGCGCGGAGCCAGCAGCGACGUUGACGGCUGGGCGCAGCGCGCCCGCCAGGGAGUCCAGGACGCUACUGGCCUGAACGUCGGUUCGGGGUCGGCGACGAGCCAGGCGAAGCAGUGGGCGCAGCAGGCGCGCGACAACGCCGAGGGCUGGAAGGCGCGCUCGCAGGAGGAGCUGCGCCACGCCGCCGACGUCGCGCAGGCCAAGCUCGCCGACGCCAAGGCCGCCGUCCAGGACAAGGUCGCGGACCUCCGCCCCUCCUCGACGCCUGUUGACAACUACGCCUCCUCGACGUCCGACAAGCGCGCCACCGGCGCUAACGCCGCCGCGGGCUCCAAGCCGGCCGAGCAGGCCCAGGCCCCGACGCAGGAGUACGCCACGGUCGCGACUGUCGUUGAGCAGAAGCCCGUCGCCCAGAUCGUCGUCCCCGUCGAGUCGGCGCAGGGCGUCGAGCCCGCCACCGUCGUCGUUGAGGACACCAAGACGGUCGUCGUCUCCGCCCCCCGCGACGUCGUCGACAAGCAGAAGUCCCGCGACGUCGUCGCCCCGCCCCAGCCGAAGAGCGAGGACAGCGGAAAGCGCCUCGUCUAA